AUGGCGAGAGCUCCUUCCUGUGAUAAGAUGGGAUUGAGAAAGGGUCCAUGGGCUCCUGAAGAAGAUCAGAUUUUGAUUUCCUACAUUCAAAAAUAUGGCCACGCAAAUUGGCGUAAGUUACCAAAGCAAGCUGGUCUUGUAAGAUGUGGGAAGAGUUGCAGAUUGCGUUGGAUAAACUACUUAAGGCCUGAUAUUAAGAGGGGAAACUUCACUUUGGAAGAAGAGGAAACUAUCAUUAAGCUGCAUGAAGUGUUAGGGAAUAGAUGGUCAGCAAUUGCAGCAAUAUUACCUGGAAGGACAGACAAUGAGAUAAAAAAUGUGUGGCAUACUCACUUGAAGAAGAGACUUAAACAAUACCAGACCAAACCAGACACCAAACGAAACCCCAAGUCCAAAUCCGAAAUGAAAUGUGAGUCGUCAAACUGUAUCAGCAGAAGCCAAUCAGAGUCUGGAGACUCAAGUUCCAUUACAGGCAACAUUCUAUCAAGUACUGAAGUUUCAGGGAAGACACCGAUGUCGCCUCAGCCUUCAUCAAGUGAAGUUUCCUCCAUUACAGAUGCCACCACAGCUAUAACUGGCCGGAAAGCGAACAACAUGGAUAUCAAGGCUGUAAACAUGGGCUGCUGGGAAAGUUUCUGGUCGGAUGCACUGUCUGCGGAUAAUUCUAGUGCAAUAUCAUUAAAUUUUGAAGGAGUCAAUGAUGGAUUCCAAUCUCAUCAAGUUCCUUCAAGUUCAGUUGAUGUCAUGGAGCCUGACUAUGAAUAUGGUCAAAAUCUUGAUGAUGCAAUGGAGUUCUGGUACGACCUGUUCAUUAAGGCUGGUGGUGAAGAAGAAUUAAUUAAAGCAUUUUAA